UGCACGGCCAACUUAUUUGACCUCGUAAGCUAUAAACCAGAGAAUAGAAGCCUCCCCUUCUCAGCAUAUCAAGCAACAGCCUUGAUACACAUAUCUCUACAUCAUGAGCCAAAUGGCCAGGAGCCAUCUCCAAUCUACCUACCCCAAACCCAGGUUGCCACGGGUCCCCAAUUUCCCCACCUGGGAAACGAAGUCGCGGGACCCAGUCUAUCGUCGAAUGUGGAAAGACGGAACAAGACUCCGAUAAGGACAACAUGCCGUUUUUCAUGCGCAACAGGUGUCAAAUAGCAGCGCAUGGAAGCGACCUUCUCUCUUUCUCCCUCUCGCCUCUUGCUCUCCUCACCUCCUCUCUUCCCUCAUUCCACUUCCACUUCCACUUCCACUUCCACGCUCCAUCCCAAUUGUCCCCUCCCUGACAGUCCCCCUCAUCCUCCCGAACAAAAAUGAAGAUCAACACCUUGGCGGCUGCGGCCUCGUGGUGCUGCAUCAUCUCCUCGGCAUGGGCAGGCUCACACCCGGGCCCCAAAAGGCCGGACGGCGUGCCGGUAAAGAUGGAGGACUUCAAGUGGGCGGACCCGGCCGCGUCGCGGCGGAUGAAGAAGUUCUCGGCCAGCUGCACCGCGUCGCGGACCUUUGAGGCGAAGGAGUACCUCCUGGACGACCUGUCGGAGGAGCCGCCGAUGGGCCUGAAGCCGUGGACCGAGGCGCUCAAGAAGAUCUUCAGCGGGCGUGAGUACCCGGGCAGCUGGGAUGGCAUCGACCCGCACGGCUACGACCGGAACCUGCUGCUGAUGGAGUACUCGGAGGUGCCCAUCGCGGUGCGCGAGUGGAUCGAGGCCGAGGAGCGGAGCGACGGCGAGGGCAAGGGCCUGUACGCCGUGUAUGAGAAGCCCAAGGACAAGGACCAGGUGAUCAGGAACGUCGUCAAGUUCGCCAGCGCAGAGAUGGCCAAAGGCCUUCGCCCGCUCGACAAGAAGAAGGUUGUCAUCUUUGCCCCCGGCGCCGUCUACGACAUCCUGCCGCUGUGGGUUGCUGAGGGUAGCGACUGCAAGGACACACUGCUCGAUAUCUCGAAAUACAGCCCCAAGCCGACCGACGGAGCCGUUGUCGCCUGGCCGACCUACACCAAGGCCAGGCGGGGCCACGGAGAGAGAAAUAUGACGUUCACGGUGAAGGCGGAGGUCCUCAAGACCAACGGAGAGGCGUCGGAAGGCGAGAAGGACGAGUUGUAAAUGGUUCGAGGUCAUGUAUCAAAUUUCCUAGAGGUCUGGGAUAUAACGAAACAUAUACCCAAUUCAUAGACCAGUAUGUCGCGCAAUAUACGCAUUACCCUGA